CAGCGCUAGGCCCCGGCGGUGGCCCCGGCGGUGGCCCCGGCGGUGGCCCUGGCGGCGUCCGUCCUCCCGCUUCCCCGGAUUCUCCAGGCGCCGCGGUUCCUGCCGCCGCCGCCGCUGUCCUCCGUCUGCCGGGCCGGGAGUGUCGGGAAGUUGAGGAGAAACUUCUCCCCUCCCCCGGUCGGUCCGUCCGUCCGUCCGGCGGACGGGCGGGCGUGUCUCCUGGGCGCGCUACCUGCUGGCCCCCCAGCCCCGGUCCCCGCCCCGUCCAGUCCUUCCCGAUCCCGCGAGGGGCCCGCUGCUGCUGCUGCUGCUGCUGCUGCUGCUGCUGCACCCUGCGUCCUACAGGGCGUAGUAGGGGCGAGCCGGAGGCAGGGGAGUGGCCCCCUUCUUGUCCUAGCGGCCUGAGAGGUCUGGCUUGCCUGACGCCCCGCAGCGACUGUCCGGACACGGGACGAGUGGAUUUGAUAAUGGGCUGCAUUAAAAGUAAAGAAAACAAAAGUCCAGCCAUUAAAUAUACACCGGAAAACACUCCAGAGCCUGUAAGCACAAGUGCCAAUCAUUAUGGAACAGAACACACCACAGUUGCCCCGACCUCUUCCACAAAGGGAGCACCGGUCAAUUUUAACAGUCUUUCCAUGACACCAUUUGGAGGGUCCUCUGGGGUGACUCCUUUUGGAGGCACGUCUUCCUCGUUCUCAGUGGUGCCAAGUUCAUAUCCUACAGGUUUAACAGGUGGUGUCACUAUAUUUGUGGCCUUAUAUGAUUAUGAAGCUAGAACUACAGAAGACCUUUCCUUUAAGAAGGGUGAAAGAUUUCAAAUAAUUAACAAUACGGAAGGAGACUGGUGGGAAGCAAGAUCAAUUGCUACCGGAAAGAAUGGUUAUAUCCCUAGCAAUUAUGUAGCACCUGCAGAUUCCAUUCAGGCAGAAGAAUGGUAUUUUGGCAAAAUGGGGAGAAAAGAUGCCGAAAGAUUACUUCUAAAUCCUGGGAAUCAGCGAGGUAUAUUCUUAGUAAGAGAAAGUGAAACCACUAAAGGUGCUUAUUCCCUCUCGAUUCGUGAUUGGGAUGAGGUAAGGGGUGACAAUGUGAAGCAUUAUAAAAUUAGGAAACUUGACAAUGGUGGAUAUUACAUCACGACCAGAGCUCAGUUUGAUACUCUGCAGAAACUGGUGAAGCACUACACAGAACAUGCUGAUGGUUUAUGCCACAAGUUAACAACUGUGUGUCCAACUGUGAAACCCCAGACUCAAGGUCUAGCAAAAGAUGCUUGGGAAAUCCCUCGAGAAUCGUUGCGACUAGAGGUUAAACUAGGUCAAGGAUGCUUUGGUGAAGUGUGGAUGGGAACAUGGAAUGGAACCACAAAAGUAGCAAUCAAAACACUAAAGCCAGGUACAAUGAUGCCAGAAUCUUUCCUUCAAGAAGCUCAGAUAAUGAAGAAAUUAAGACAUGAUAAACUUGUUCCGCUGUAUGCAGUUGUUUCUGAAGAGCCAAUUUAUAUUGUCACUGAGUUUAUGUCAAAAGGGAGCUUGUUAGAUUUCCUUAAAGAAGGAGAUGGAAAAUAUUUGAAGCUUCCACAGCUGGUUGAUAUGGCUGCUCAGAUUGCUGAUGGUAUGGCGUAUAUUGAAAGAAUGAACUACAUUCACCGAGAUCUCCGAGCUGCUAAUAUUCUUGUAGGAGAAAAUCUUGUAUGCAAAAUAGCAGAUUUUGGCUUAGCAAGAUUAAUUGAAGACAAUGAAUACACAGCAAGACAAGGUGCAAAAUUUCCAAUCAAGUGGACAGCUCCUGAGGCUGCACUGUAUGGUCGGUUUACAAUAAAGUCCGAUGUGUGGUCAUUUGGAAUUCUACAGACAGAGCUGGUGACCAAGGGGAGAGUGCCAUAUCCAGGUAUGGUAAACCGUGAAGUUCUGGAACAAGUGGAGCGAGGGUACAGGAUGCCUUGCCCUCAGGGCUGUCCAGAAUCCCUCCAUGAAUUGAUGAAUCUUUGUUGGAAGAAGGACCCUGAUGAGAGACCAACAUUUGAAUAUAUUCAGUCCUUCUUGGAAGACUACUUCACUGCUACAGAGCCACAGUACCAACCAGGAGAAAAUUUAUAAUCCAAAUAGCUGUGUGCACAGAUCUGCCAAAACACUUGUGUGAGUUCCUCAUGCACAGGAAUGAGAAGAUACUCUUCACUCUGCAUGUUUCUUGUGGUAAACUGGAAUUCCAGAUAUGGUUGCACAAAACCACUUUUUUCCCCCAAGUGUUCAACUCUAAAGUACCAAUGAUACAUCUUACAACUUACUUCAGGGUCCAAAGAAAGCUAAGAUAUUGUGACUGUGGGUGAUAGCAUGGUAAGAAAGAGCAACAAGACUACUGGUUAACCUAGUCACUUCCUUUUCUUCCCCAAACUCAGAAUUGCUAAAAGAAAACUAUUUAUUGAUAUGGACAAAACUUGGGCUGUUAUAUCACUGUAAAAUCUCAAAUCAAAGAACUUCAUGGGACCAAAUAAUUCCAUUCCAGUUUUUAAAAAUCUUGCAUUUUUUUCCUCAAAAGUUAGGUUUUUGUUUUGCUUUGUUUUGUUUCUCUAUUUAACAGCUGGCAUGUAGUCUUAACACAGAUCUCCUUUUGUGUGGAACGGGCCAAGUCUUCCAAAAGCAAAAAAAUGGAUUAUAAACAGCAUCAAAAACUUGAUUAAAUGUUAGAUCACAGCCAUGGAAUUUGGAAGCAUAAUACACUGUGUUCACAUUUAGUUCAUAGAACUGGAAAGUAGAAAAACAAUUUUUUUACUUAAGUCAUUUCUUGAAUUGUUCAGCUUAGAAUAAUAAGAUAACCAGAAAGUGAGUUAAUCUUUUGCAAGGUUGUAUUGAUUUUUUUAAAGGCAAUGUACAAUUGAAAUUAUACUAUCCAGUCCAAGGGAAAAUCUUUUAAUAUUUGCAUAGCAUGAAAAAUGAAAACCCAGCAUUUAAGCAGUCCAUUUUUAAAAAAUAGAUGGUGUACUGUGAGGUGUUGCUAGUAUGUUUUUAUGGUGAUGGGCUCCACAAUAGAAAACAUCACUAGAUCAGGGACUUGAAUGCACUUUGCUUGUAUUGAGUAUAGAAUAGGAGAGAGGAAAAUGUAUUUAAAUAAAUAUGAGAGAAGAAAAUGGGAAAGUUUUACAGGUAUUGGGAUAGGAUGGAAUGUUUAAUGUUGGUGUUGUGGAGUGACAACAUGGCUUUUCUGGCACUCAGAGCUCCUCAUUAGCUAUUUUUAGACUUUAAAAGUUGUAAAGUAUGACUGUAAAACUCAUUUUCUUAACGUAUACACUAAAUAAGUUUUACAUCCUUAAAAUAGUGAAGAUAAGGCUUAACACUAAUUUCAGUGGCCCAUUUUUAUACAGAACCUUUUUAGAACUCCAAUUUUCAAAUCUCUGAAAUUUCACUUACAUUUCAGAUAUACUUGAUGAUUAUCGUAUUUUCCUUUCAUAAUAUAAUUAAUUUGAGGGAGAAUACUUACUCUGAGUAACAGUAAUUUAAAGAGGAAAAUUUUUGCCCACUCAAAGUGCAGAAGUAAAACAUUCAAAAUGAGAGCUUUUCUAACUCAGAAAUUAUGAAAUAUUAAUUUGAAUUGAGUAGUGUUAAUGGUUUAAGGGUCUAGCAAGGGAAAAACUGUCUGCUAAAUAAAAUAAAAGUCUAAUAUUUAUGUUUUUAAAUGCUGUAUUUUAUAGUUACACUUUAAAAUGUUAUAUCAAGUUGUCUUAUUUUCAGCAUAUAAUUUUAAACUACCAUCAUUUUAAUCACAAAAUUUAAAGAUCUGUGCCAUGGUAAAUUAUGUUCAAAUUUAAACCUUUUUAAAUGUGACAAGUGAACUUCAUGCAAGUUGGCAAAAGUUCUGGUACUAAAAGUUGUGUUUGUUUUCUUUUUACUUAACCUAUUCAGUACUGAAUCCUCUGCCAAGAGGGUCUCCUGAUAAGAAUGUCGUCCUUAUUUGCCCUGAUGUCUAUGGUUUGUGACAUGAGUGUUUUAAAGGGCUUCAUGUGAACUAUGGUAUUGUAGUUUUUCUAAGGAUUCUUUAAAGAGUAAUAAAAUUACAUUUAUGUACUAAUUCUGAUCAGAAAAAUAAGGCAGGAAAAGUUGAUGGCAUUCUUUAGAUUUUAAAUAAACUGGAUGGAGCAGUUCUUAUACUAACACUUGUAUAGUAAGGAUACAACACUAACUUAAUGUGUAUUCAGUUUAAAUUGUUAUGUAUUUUUGAAUUGUCAAGAAAAAGUUUUGUACAUUUGAAGAUUUUUUUUUUCCAACAGCUUUCAUCUUUAUUGUCUUAACUUGGAACUUUAACCCUUACCAAAAAAGAAAAGUUGGCAAAAGCAGCCUUCUAGCACACUUUUUUAAAAUAAAUAAUGGUAACCUAAAACUUAAUAUUUUUAUAAAAUGUUGAAAUAUUGUUUUGUGGAUAAUUAAAAUAAAAAUCUUUGUUGAAUGCA